ACAAGUUGCAGCCGUUUAGAAAGGUGGUGUUUUCCAAAGUAAUUUGGUGGAUCUUUGAACAAGGUAGAGCCAUUAAGGACCUCUCGGCCAAAAACCCUAACUUGAUUAAAAGCUCAAAAAGAAUUAUUUAAAAGUGGUUUCCUGAAAGUUAAAAAGUUGUCAAAUAAAAUGGCAUUGGGAGCUGUAAUUGAACACUUAUCAAAUGAAAGUGGUUAGUUUUAAAGUUUAUGUUAAACAAAAUAUUCUAUAAGUUUACAAAAAUAGAACCAAAGAAAUCUUAGUGUUUUUCAAUUUCAAAAAGUGCAAUUGCUUUCCUAAUGUAAAACCUUCAACAAUCAUUAAAAAUUGAAUUUAUUUAUUGUAUUAUUUACUUUAAAUUCGAAUUUAAAUUAAAGAUUGAAACAGAAAUAUUGAAUUGAACGUAGAUAUUUUGGAUAUUUAACUUGGAUUUUUGGAAUCAGGAUAUAGUGAAGCAUCAUCGCCAGGGACCUUUCUCAUCCACAAAAGAUCUUAGCUGAUUCUAAGCUUAAGAUUGUCUGUUUUGCUUAAAUUAUUUUCGUUGAAGUUAACAAAUUCUGAGCAAAAUGGCAUCCGAAGCUGCAAUUGAUCUUUUAGGGAAUAAAACGGAAAUGGAAGAAGAAUUUGCAAUUAAUUCACCAAUUCCGAUGAUAGUAAUCCUCGCGUCAUAUCUGCUUAUUAUUUUGAAAAUUGGACCUGAAAUAAUGAAGUCAAGGCCAGCAUUCCAACUCAAGUCCUACAUUGUGAUUUACAAUAUUCUUCAAGUACUUUGUUGUAUCUAUUUAGUUUAUAAGAUUGUUGUUAUCAAUCUUCCCACUCUGACAUUCUGGAAAUGUGCUUACUUUCAACCUGGAAGUAUUGAGGAAAAAGACUUUAAUCACAUAAGUUAUUUUACAUUUUGGUUGAAAGCCAGUGAAUUAAGUGAAACAAUUGUUUUCGUAUUGCGAAAGAAACAGCGACAAGUCUCAUUUUUACAUGUUUUCCAUCAUUGUUCUACAUUAUUUCUGGUUUAUCAGCUUUCAAGAAAUUAUAAAGGUAGUUCAGCUCUUUAUUCACUCUUUCUCAAUUGCAAUGUCCACAUUUUUAUGUAUUGUUACUAUUUAAUGGCUGCCGUUCUUCCUGAUAAAAUUGUUUCCAAGUUGACUCCGGUUAAAAAAGCAAUCACCACAAUACAAAUGAUCCAAUUUGCUCUGAUACUUCUACAAGUUGUUGUAUCUUUGAGUAAAGGUUGUAAAGUUCCACCAGUUGUCUUGUCAAUUUAUGUUCUUAUUAUAAGUGCCUUUUUCUAUAUGUUUUAUGAUUUCUAUAAAAAGAAUUAUUCAUCGAGAGAACCUUCAACUACUAAAAAAUCAGAGAAAUUAAAUUAAACUAUAAGUAAACAUUAAACUAUACUUUUUUCUACACAAAAAUAAAGAGAAUUAAUAUAGCAAUUAGUUAGCAGAU